CACUGACAGAUAACUCUGGCGCUAUUCUUGGCGAUGCGAUGCGCCAUGGAAGAACAGUUCUAUCUUCUUCCUUCAAAUCACCAUCAGUCCAACUGGGAAACAUCCUCUUGCUGGCCUCUAUCACCAAAACCCUUUCAGAAUCCGGCACUCGCAACCUUGACCAUCGAUCCAUUCCCAUCUCAGAGCCUCUUGUUCUCCAAGUCCUGGCCAAGAAUUCACUUGACUCAUCCAAAAAGAUCGACUUCUUUCGUUGGUGCUGUUCUCUCAGACCUAAUUACAAACACAGUGCCUGCACUUAUUCUCAUAUUUUUCGGACCGUUUGUAAAGCGGGGUUCCUCAAAGAAGUCCCAAGUUUGUUAAAUUCGAUGAAGGAGGAUCAAGUUGUUGUUGAUUCUGAAACUUUUAAGCUAUUACUCGAGGCUUUUAUUAAAUCUGGUAAGUUUGACUCUGCGCUAGAGCUUCUUGAUUAUAUGGAAGAAUUAGGGACUAGUUUGAACCCUAAGGUGUAUGACUCUGUUAUUGUAGCUUUAGUUAGAAAAAAUCAGGUGGCUUUGGCGUUGUCUAUUUUAUUGAAGCUUCUUGAAGCUAAUAAUGUUAGCAUUAUCAAUAAAGCAAUAGAUGUAUCGCUUCCUGGUUCUUUUGCCUGUAAUGAAUUGUUAGUUGCUCUUAGAAAGUCUGAUAUGAGGGUUGAAUUUAAACAAGUUUUUGAUGCACUGAGGGAAAAGAAGGGCUUUGAGUUUGAUACUUGUGGUUAUAAUAUAUGUAUUCAUGCAUUUGGAUUUUGGGGUGAUUUGGGUACUUCUUUGAGGCUGUUUAAAGAGAUGAAGGAACAGGGUUUGGUUCCUGAUUUGCAUACCUAUAAUAGCUUAAUUCAGGUGCUUUGCAUGGUUGGGAAGGUGAAAGAUGCAUUGAUAGUAUGGGAGGAAUUGAAAGGAUCUGGUCACGAACCAAAUCAGUUUAUGUAUCGAAAUCUAAUUCAAGGAUGCUGUAAAUCGUACCAAAUAGAUAAUGCAAUAAAGAUUUUUAGUGAAAUGCAGUAUAAUGGGUUCGUUCCGGAUACUGUGGUAUAUAACUCUUUGCUUGAUGGAUUGUUCAAGGCGAGGAAAAUUAUGGAAGCAUGCCAACUGUUUGAGAAAAUGGUUCAGGAUGGGGUUAGGACUUCCAGUUGGACGUACAAUAUUCUGAUUGAUGGUUUGUUUAGGAAUGGAAGGGCAGAGGCUGGUUACACUUUGUUUUGUGAUUUGAAGAAGAAGGGGCAGUUUGUCGAUGCUGUAACCUACAGCAUUGUUGUGUUGCAGCUUUGUAGGGAGGGACACCUUGAGGAAGCUUUAAAAUUAGUGGAAGAAAUUGAAGGAAGAGGUUUUGUUGUAGAUCUAGUUACAAUAACAUCCCUUUUGAUUGGGUUUCAUAAACAAGGUAGGUGGGAUUGGACAGAGAGGCUUAUGAAGCACAUCAGGGAUGGUAAUCUAGUGUCCCAUGUUCUUAAGUGGAAAGCCGAUUUGGAGGCCUCAAUGAAAAGUAGAAAGAACAGAAGAAAGGAUUAUACUCCAAUCUUCCCAUCUAAAGGCGAUUUUAGUGAAAUUAUGAAUCUUAUAGGUUCUACCAUCUCAGAGAUGGAUACCAACCUAAAUUCAGAAGAUGGUUGUGUUAAGGAUGAGGAUUCCUCGAUGGACAUGGAUCAGUGGUCAUUGUCUCCAUAUAUGGAUAGAUUGGCCGAUCAACUGAAGUCUGACUAUCAUUCUUCACAGCUGUUUUCGCUAUCUAGGAGCCAGCGAGUCCAAGAUAAAGGAGUGGGCUCUUUUGAUAUUGACAUGGUCAAUACUUUCUUGUCUAUAUUUCUGGCUAAAGGGAAGCUGAACUUAGCCUGUAAAUUGUUUGAGAUAUUCAGCGAUAUGGGUGUCAACCCUGUCACCUACACUUACAAUUCCAUGAUGAGUUCAUUUGUGAAAAAGGGCUAUUUCAAUCAGGCGUGGGGAGUACUUAAUGAAAUGGGUGAGAAUGUUUGCCCAACAGAUAUAGCAACAUACAAUGUGAUAAUUCAAGGUUUGGGGAAGAUGGGAAGAGCAGAUCUAGCCAGUGCUGUUCUGGAUAAGUUAAUGAAGCAGGGUGGUUAUCUUGACAUAGUUAUGUACAACACCCUUAUUAAUGCUCUAGGAAAGGCUGGCCGGAUAGUUGAAGCCAAUAAGCUUUUUGAGCAGAUGAGGUCGAGUGGAAUUAAUCCUGAUGUCGUCACUUUCAAUAUACUAAUUGAAGUUCACAGCAAGGCAGGCCAAUUGAAGGAAGCAUACAAUUUCUUGAAAAUGAUGUUGGAUUCAGGUUGCUCCCCGAACCACGUCACCGACACAACCUUAGAUUUUCUUGGAAGAGAGAUUGAGAAACUGAGGUACCAAAAGGCAUCAAUCAUGCCAAAUAAGGAUGAUUCUUAAGAAAAUGUUUCUGCUGGUUGGCAUGGUUCGAAAGUUAUUGAAAUUUGCAUCAAUCUGCAAUGGAAUGACUCCAAUAUUUGUCAAUCAAUUCCAAAAUGAGAAUUUAACCACAAUUUGGUUGGCAUAGACAGUAUCAUUUUUAUUAUCAUGAUUUAUAGAUGAAAUUGUUUACUUCGUUUAUUACAAUCCACGUUACGAAAUCCCAUUGAAAG